UAUAUUUUGUCAAAUUUCACGACCUUUUCCAGCCUCCAUCUCUCUUUGAGAUCUCCACAGCUCUCCAUCGUCGUAGUUUUCUCUUCAAGUCAUAGGAAUGAUGGGUUCUUGGAUUUUCUUUGAGAUGGAUGCGGUUUCAAGAAAAAAGAAAAGGCUUAUUUUCCCAUAUUCUUGAUAAAGUGAGCACCAGUUGAAACAGCAUGGUGAAAGCAUACGGACAGGAGCAUGUUUACAAGCACCCAUGGGAGAGGGUAACAUCUGCAUCAUGGCGCAAGUUUUCAGACCCUGAGAACAAGCGAACUCUAUCCCAUAUCGUUGAGGUUGAUACUUUAAACCAUAAGCUGGAUCCUGAAUCUGGGAAGCUUUACACGACUCGUGCCAUUACUGUCCAUGCUCCUGGACCUUGGUUUGUCCGCAAAAUCAUUGGUCAGGAUAUCUGCCACUGUGUCGAAUCAACAGUUGUUGAUGCCCGAACUAAGUCAAUGCAACUUAACACUCGCAACAUCAGUCUCCAGAAGUUCCUAGAAGUGGAGGAGAAGAUCCGCUAUGAUCCUCACCCAGAUAAUCCAAAUGAGUGGACAGUGUGUCGACAGGAGACUAGCAUACGGAUUAAGCCACUGUCAGCACUGGCAUCAAUGGCAGAGAAGGUUGAGCAAAAAUGCGCUGAGAAGUUCAUGCAGAAUAGUGCGAAGGGUCGAGAGGUUAUGGAGAGAAUGUGCAAGUAUCUGGAAGCUGAAUCUAGAGGCAUUGCCAUGUAAUCUGGCUUUCUCAUGAUUUUGAUUUCCCAUUAUUGGCUCAUCAGGCUAUGAAGCCUUUUAGAAUAGAACAUGCCAAGACAUUCUUAGAGUAGCAAAUAACUGAAGUGCCUGUAUAAUACCAUGGGUUAAUCUUGAAUCCUUUAUGGAUGAUGUGCAAAUUUUGUAGUUAAAUUAAGUUUGGAGACGUGUAUGUGCAUAUAUCUUUCA